AUGGCUCCUGACAAGGUUACUGUCAUGAUUUUGAAUGUUGAUCUCAAAUGCUCCUGCUGCUACAAGAAGGUCAAGAAACUGCUCUGCAAGUUCCCUCAAAUCAGAGAUCAAGUGUUUGAUCAAGACAAAAAUGAGGUCAGGAUCACCGUCGUAUGCUGCAACCCUGACAAGUUAAGGGACACACUUUGUUGCAAAGGUGGAAAGGCCAUCCAGAGUAUUGAGAUCGUCGAGGACAAACCCAACCCUAAGCCCAAACCCCAAGAUAAACCCAAACCAGACCCCAACCCAUCCCCCGUUCAAAAGCCAAAGCCUGCAGAUCCACCACCACCCCCACCCAAAGUGGAUCCUCCAAAACCUGCAGAUCCAGCACCACCAGCACCACCCAAAGUGGAUCCUCCAAAACCUGCAGAUCCACCACCACCCCCACCCAAACCCAAAGUGGAUCCUCCAAAACCUGCAGAUCCACCACCACCCCCACCCAAAGUGGAUCCUCCACCACCCAAAGUUGAUCCUCCAAAACCUGCUGAUCCACCACCCCCACCCAAAGUGGAUCCUCCAAAACCAGUUCCAAUACCCGACCCCAUGCCCGGAUUUUGCCCACCGGUAUACCCUGUUCCUAUUCAAGCGUGUUGCCAAGAAUGCUACCAAGGUCGUAGUGGAGGGCCAUGUUACGAUUUUGGAUAUAACUACGGAAGACCUGUACCACCUCCACCAGGUCCAUGCUACGAUGGUUAUGGUUACGAAUACGCUCGAAACAGGCCCUGUUAUGUGACUAGGUGUGAUUACUUCAGUGAAGAAAAUCCACAGGGGUGUUCAAUAAUGUAAGAAAAUUAAUGCUAGCUGAUGGCGGCCAUUUUUAGUCUUGAUCUUCAAAG